GUGUAAACACAACAGCAACUGAAGCGGCGGGAUAACUCUGAAGCACUAGAACAUUUUUUUGUAUAUUAAAGUUACAGGAAGACACAUGGCUGCAUACUCAAGAAACGCCGAGAGCGCUGAGAGCUACUCUUUUCCAGGGACAAAAAUGGGCAACGGACGUGAAGGUGAUGCCAGUUCCCAAGGCCCUGAAGUCACCUCACAGAUUCCUGGACUGUCUAGUCUUGACAUUCAGGGCCCCUUUGAUGACAAUGUCAGUUGCCGCCGUUUGGGCGUUUUCGAGACAGAUUCAAAUUAUGUCAAACUUGCAAAACAAGGUGGACACAAAGGAUUAUUGUGGCAUGAAGAGACAGAUAUGACCGUCAAAACAAACGCACCAUACAAACCUCCCGAUUGGUUCUGUGUUGACUCAGAUGUCCAUGAUUCAUCCAGUUUCUCUACUUGCAGCCUGACCAAAAGAACCAGUCCAAGGUUCUUGGUACAUCAGGAGUUCCAGAAAAGUGCAAGGAAGUCCAUACAACCGCUAGAUAUUCCUUUUGGGAGUGAUAAUAAGUCCGCUUGGGAGCGAGAGGCUGAUAGUGUUACUACUGAAGAGACUCCUGGCAUUGAUGAUUCAGCAAGCAAACUGAAGAAGUUGACCAUAUCGCCAAAAAACCAGGCCAAUAAGUUCAGAAAACAGGCUUUAAACAAGAACCCAUCCCCCGUGAGCAUGUCCAAACUCUUGAGCUUUGGUUACCUAGAGGAGGACAGGAGUCCCGCAAGAGUCCCUGCAAGAGUCCCUGCACACAGUGCGACAUCUGCUCAGAGAAGCCGCGCAGCUCCGUGGAAGUCCCCAGAGUAGCAGUCCCGUGGACGCACAGAGGAGCUCACUCUUCAAUAUGGCAGACCUCUCCCUCUGACCGCUGAGGAUAGGCUCAGCACAUGUGAGGGAAAUGAUGCCAACUCUAAAGGAAUGUGUGCUUCUUGUGCGUGUGUGCGUGUGUGUGUGUGUGUGUGUGUUUUAUAUUUCAUUGUGUGGUAUUUUUUGAAGUCAUAUGUUGUGCUAUUAAAAUCACAUUGAAAAUCCAAA